CCACCCGUCAAGGAGGAGCUUAAACAUCCGGGAAGAAGGAGUCGGUGAAAGCCUAUGGUGAAAGCCAAACAUAUCUUGUCUUAUAUAGCUAAUGUAUUAUACAUCCAUGAAGCCAACUGAUGGCACCAUUGUAACAAAUAAAAUAUAGCGAAUAUUACCCGGCUCCUGCUGAUUUGUGAGAUGCUGACCUCAUCUUGCCAGUGACCAGAGCUCGUCGUCCCCAGACCGGCCUAGACAGGAAAGCAGGACACGGAUCAGACAGACGUGGCAUGGCUGCCAGGCAGCAGAGACCUGCAGCUGCCUCAGACGGCUCAGCCGAGGUCAAAAGGACAGACUUCAGGGCCAAUGAGAAGAAGUGCUCUUGGGCCUCCUACAUGACCAAUUCUCCAACUGUGAUAGUGAUGAUUGGGUUGCCUGCUAGAGGGAAAACCUACAUGUCCAAGAAGCUGACACGCUACCUCAACUGGAUUGGAGUGCCAACUAAGGUAUUUAACCUUGGAGUUUAUAGGAGAGAAGCAGUGCAGUCAUACAAGUCGUAUGACUUCUUCAGACAUGACAAUAAAGAAGCAAUGCAAAUUAGAAAACAGUUUGCUCUGGUGGCACUGGAGGAUGUCAAGGCCUAUCUUGAUGAGGAGGGAGGCCAGAUCGCUGUUUUUGAUGCCACCAACACCACCAGAGAGAGGAGGGACCUCAUCCUUAAUUUUGCAAAGGAUAAUUCAUACAAGGUGUUUUUUGUUGAAUCAAUAUGUGACGAUCCAGAUGUCAUCGCUACAAAUAUCCUGGAUGUGAAGGUGUCCAGCCCAGAUUACCCUGAGAGGGACAGAGAAAGUGUCAUGGAGGACUUUCUGAAGAGAAUAGAAUGUUAUAAAGUGACAUACCAACCUUUGGAUCCGGAUGAACACGACAACAACCUGUCCUUCAUCCAGGUCAUCAACGUCGGCCGUCGUUUCUUGGUCAACAGGGUGCAGGACUACAUCCAAAGUAAAAUAGUGUACUACCUCAUGAACAUCCACGUACACUCCCACUCCAUCUACCUCUGUCGGCACGGAGAGAGCCAUUACAAUGUGGAGGGACGCAUCGGGGGAGACUCUGAACUGUCAGAGCGAGGGAAACAGUUUUCAGCAGCACUGAAGGGUUUUGUGGAAGAGCACCGUCUGUCAGACCUGAAAGUUUGGACGAGCCAGCUGAGACGCACCAUUCAGACGGCAGAGGAGCUGGGAGUUCCCUACGAGCAGUGGAAGAUCCUUAAUGAAAUAGAUGCUGGAGUGUGUGAAGAAAUGUCCUAUGAAAUGAUUAAGGAAACAUACCCAGAGGAGUUUGCCAUGAGGGACCAGGACAAGUACCAUUACCGCUACCCUGGAGGAGAGUCCUACCAGGACCUGGUUCAGCGACUGGAGCCAGUCAUCAUGGAGCUGGAGCGACAGGGCAACGUGCUGGUCAUCUGUCAUCAGGCCGUCAUGCGCUGCUUGCUCGCCUAUUUCCUCGACAAGAGCGCAGAUGAUCUACCCUACUUGAAGUGUCCCCUGCACACUGUCCUAAAACUCACUCCUGUGGCUUAUGGUUGUAAAGUGGACAUGUUUGACCUGAAGGUGGAGGCUGUCAACACUCACAGGGACAGACCAUUGACAGGGAGAGAUGCAACGAAGGUCUCCACCGGAUUCGAACCAGGGACGUACAGGUUCAUGAAUAAAGUCAAUACAGAUGCUGUGCCGCCAGCUUUCCUCCGACGGAACAGCUUCACUCCGUUGUCCAGCCAAGACCAGAUUAAACGACCUCGUCUUUACAGCAUGGGCAACCCUCCACAGGCACGCAUGUCCCAGGCCCCCACUUUACCCAGCAUGCAAUUCUCGGAGGUGUCUGAGGGCGCAGAGCUGCUACAAAGCAAGGACAAUCUAGACUCUGUAAACUGUUUCAGUGCACCAGACGCAGACGAAUGUGUUCGGAGUUAAAGAAGCACAGAAAGAGGUAUUUUCAGCCUUUUCCUCUCGUCUAUCAUGUGGAACAUCUGUACUCCUGACCUCAGAUAUCUCACACCUUUGUUUUGCCAUUUAUCACAGGCUUUUCUCCACAUGGAUGUAUCACCAGUUCUGAGGACCAGCAGUAUAAUCCCCAGCUGCUUCAGCCAUUACAUUCUUAACCACUGUAUUACACACCUUAUCUUUUUAACCCUAUAUGUGUUUAUUCUUAGUUUUUUGUUGAAUAGGUUAUGUGUGUUAGUGAGUGUUUGCACAUACAUGCAUACAUACAUACAUGAAUGAACUAAAAAGCCUUCAUAUCUAGAUUUAUAGUAAUGUGGUUUUUUUGUAGUAAGUAGAGACUCUUAAAACCCGUCCAUUAGUUCCUAGCACACUCCACAUACUGUAGUCUACAGUCAUAUUAUGCUGCAUUAGAUAUAGCACAUAUAUUCACUCAUUCAUUUAAGUUACCUAUUUAAACAUUCCCAGGUAAUGUGCAUCCUUCCAUGGGUGGUUCUGACAAGAUGUAGUCAUAAUUUAAUUUUGAAAUGUAAUUUUUUGCAGUGGGCAGACACAAACUGUGAAAAGUAAUGAAAUGUUUUGUCUAGCCCUACAAAAAGGACAUCAGCUACUGUGCUAUUUUUUACUCUGUGACAAUGAUUCUGUUCUUCUCUUAAAUGAUGCCUACAGUAACUGUAUGUUUUGCCUUCUACUGAAAUACCUACUGUGAUAAUGUAAAGCUGAUCACAUUUGAACUCAAAAAAAUGUAUGCAAAUAUUUCAAAAUGCUCAUGACUUUUAAUGCAUUUUAGUUUCUUCAUAAGGAAAAGCAAAUUGUGUACCCCUGAAACAACAAAGAUACUGUUUAAGUACCAGCUUCAUAGUAACCAAAUGUUUAGUAUUCACAUGAUUUUGAUAUCAGCAAUAAAUCUAUUAUAUAUUUGUGAAAAGUGCCUUUAUUUAAGGGACUACAAGGGACUAUAAGGUUGUGACAAUAGUAAUCAACAGUAUUAUUAUAUAAUAUAAUCUGCAAAAGUAUGUUUCACCUGAAUUGAAUGAUUGGCAAUAUAUUUGGAUGUCUUAAAAAUAGCUGUAAUGUUUUAUUGCACACUGUGCCGUGCACGUUUCAUGUAAUAAAGUUAAUUUAAUGCGUUUUUUA